AGUGGGGCAGGCAGAGAGCUUGCAGAGAGCAGCAGGGCAGGGAGCUGUGCUGAACUUCCUCAAUGCCAGUGAGCAUGAGGUGAUGGAUGUGUGGGAGCUGGAGAGCAGCGAGCAUCCCGAGAGCUCAGCAGCAUCUGGGCUCCAAGGCUGCUGGGGAACUGUAGGAGGGAAGGGCAGCAGCAGAAGAAAUGAGGGGCUUGAGCAAAGCAGGGGUUGACAUCCCUUAGAAUGGCUUUGUGGGGACAUGGCUGGAGAUGAGCCCUGGCUGUGAGGCACCUUAGGGUCAGGGAGAGAACAGUGAUCUCAAGGCACUGCCAUGCCAUCCAGAAGGCCAGUGGAGGCAGUGGCGCCCCAGAACAUCUUGAUGUCAAACAUGUGGAUGCCAGCUGGGAAUGCAGCCCCACUUGCAGAAGAUUGAGCAGGAGGGGAGAGGUGUCAAAUGUGUUCCAUGUUCCCUCCCUCAGCAGUUCCCUUUGCAUUCCCUGGGCUGGGCCAAUCUGCUCCAUCAGUUUGACUUGUUUAUUCCUGCCAGGUCCCAGCUGAGGGCAUAUCUAAAUGUCUUGAGGCAUGAAUGGGGGCAAAGCUGGAUGCUUUUUCUUCUCUUUCCAGGCUUCCUUGCCAUACACCAGUGGUGGGGAAAUGAAGAAGGCGUCACUGGGACUGCCUUUGAUCCCCCCAAUACGCAAGGCAGGAAGUCUCCCUGUUGACAGUGCUGCGGGGUCUCUGCGCAGCUCUCCCCGGCUGGAUUUCCAGGAGUCCCGGGAGAUGAGGCCAAGAUCCAGCAGCAGAACCCAAGACAUGAUCUCAGAACAUUCCGGCCUGACUGGCUACCCGCUUGCCAAGAGGUUUUCCCUGGCAAGUCCCUCCAUGCUCCUUCCCUCCAAGCCGCUGCUGCCCAUCCAGAGGAGCUCUCCUGCUGCGACGUUAAGCAAGAUGUUCCACAGAGAGCAGGAGACUGGGAAACCUGGCAGCAGCUGCGAAGAGGAGGGUCAAAAGAAAGAGGAGCUCAAUUCAGAGGGAAAAGGAAUGAGGGCUUCCUUGCCAUAUCCCAGUGGUGGGGAAAUGAAGAAGGCGUCACUGGGACUGCCUUUGAUCCCCCCAAUACGCAAGGCAGGAAGUCUCCCUGUUGACAGUGCUGCGGGGUCUCUGCGCAGCUCUCCCCAGCCGGAUUUCCAGGAGUCCCGGGAGAUGAGGCCAAGAUCCAGCAGCAGAAGCCAAGAGAAGACGUUGGAGCAUUCCGCCUCACACAGAGGCCUGACUGGCUACCCGCUUGCCAAGAGGUUUUCCCUGGCAAGUCCCUCCAUGCUCCUUCCCUCCAAGCCACUGCUUCCCAUCCAGAGGAGCUCUCCUGGUGCCAUGUUAAGUAAGAUGUUCCAUGGAGAGCAGGAGACUGGGAAACCUGGCAGCGGCUGCGAAGAGCAGGGCAGAAAGAACGAGGAGCUCAUGUCAGAAGGAAAAGGAAUGAGGACCUCCUUGCCAUAUCCUAGUGGUGGGGAAAUGAAGAAGGGAUCAUUGGGAAAAUCUAUGAUCCCCGUUAUAUGCAAGGCUGGACGUCCCCGUGUUGGCAGUGCUGCAGGGUCCUUGCGCAGCUCUCUCCUGGUAGAUUUUCAGGAGUCCCGGGAGAUGAGGCCAAGAUCCAGCAGCAGAAGCCAAGAGAAGACGUUGGAACGUGAAGAUGUGACUGGCUUCAGUAUUGCCAAGAGUCUUCCCCCUACACGUCCCUCUUCACUCCUUCCCACCAAGCCCUUGCCUCCCAUCCGGGAGAGCUCUUCCUCCAUCAAGCCAGGCAAGAUGGAUGAUGGAGAGAAAGACAAAGGGCAAACUACCGCUGGCUACAAGGACAUCAGAAGAAGCAGCCAGGAGGAGCAGAGUGCAGAGGGAAAAGGACAUAAGGUAAGGAGACCAAGCUAAGUCCUGUGUGGUAGAUUUUCUGCUGAUGGGCUGUAGGCAGAGCUUGGAGACCUUUUCCUGUGCUGUGAGCUCAGGGAAGCAGCUGAGGCAAGGAAGAGCUCAGCUGGACACUGUGCCUCUUUGCCAUGGGUGUCUUUGCAAUG